GUACUUGGUCGAUGAGUAUAAGCAAGUGGCAAAUCGACAGUAUGCGAACUUGUUCCUUGGUCUGAGUAGAGCAAUGUCCCUUGUCUUCCAAUUCGACACCGCCAAGGUGGAAUGACUUUCAAGUACUUGGAAGAUUUCACAAGCUGCAAGUCAUUUCCUCUUGUGAAUCUGUCGCAAAGUAGAAGCUCAAGAUACUUCGGUUCCUAUUUGUAUUGUUUAUUGAAAAACUAGGGGAUAGGUCUUACUACUAGACCUAACUCAUAUAAGUUUACCUAGACAGUUGAGA